GCCCCACUUAGAACUCGGUUCUCUGGGCUUUCAUUCCCGCCUGCGGCCUCCCGACCGGAAGCAUCGCCAUCUUGUUUCCUGUUGCGUUGAAACAGCCUUUCCUCUUUUUCCGCCCUUCGAAGUGUUUUGUUUCCGUCGGCUGCUGCUCAUUUCCGUUAGUAGGAGGCCGGAGAUUUUGAAAAAAAGCAAAGCAGGGACGCGAGUGAGGGCAAUUUUUUUCCGAAAAUAUCCUAGUCAUGACAAAGAGAGAGGCUGAAGAGUUGAUAGAGAUAGAAAUCGAUGGCACCGAGAAGCCAGAAUGCACAGAGGAAAGUAUUAUUGAGCACACGUAUACAACAGCUGAGUUUGUGAGCCAGUCAAUUGACAUAAAUGAGCCCGUUGGAAAUCUCAAGAAAUUACUGGAGCCAAGACUUCAGUGUUCCCUUGAUGCCCAUGAAAUCUGUCUGCAAGACAUACAGCUUGACCCUGAGCGCAGUUUAUUUGACCAAGGAGUUAAAACUGAUGGCUUAGUACAGUUGAGUGUGCAAGUUAUAUCGCAACAAGGACUUGAGCCAAAGCUAAACAUACUUGAGAUUGUGAAGCCCGUGGAGACAGUUGAAGUAGUGAUAGAUCCAGAUGCUCAUCAUGGUGCGGUGGAAGCCCAGCUCGUGGAAGAGUCCCACGUCAUAACUUUGGAUGGCACAAAGCACAUUACAGCUAUUUCCGAUGAAACAUCCGAGCAAGUUACCCGGUGGGCAGCAGCAUUAGAAGGUUACCGGAAGGAGCAGGAGCGCCUGGGCAUUCCCUAUGACCCACUACAGUGGUCUACAGAUCAAGUUCUUCACUGGGUGCUAUGGGUAAUGAAAGAAUUCGGCAUAACUGACAUAAAUGUAAACGCUCUUGGCAUCCCCGGAAGAGAGUUGUGUAAUAUUAGUCAAGAAGAUUUUUUCCAAAGAGUUCCCAGAGGAGAGAUUUUAUGGAGUCAUUUGGAGUUGCUUAGAAAAUAUGUUUUGGCCAGCCAAGAGCAACAAGGAGGUGAAAUUGCUACAGUUACCAUUGACCAGCCUGUGCAAAUAAUUCCAGCAUCAAUCCAACAGUCAACUCCUACGACUAUUAAAGUUAUAAACAGUCAGCCGAAGAUGGCUAAAAUGCAGAGAGCGCCACGGAUUUCUGGAGAAGAUAGAAGUUCACCUGGAAACAGGACAGGAAAUAAUGGGCAGAUACAGCUUUGGCAAUUCCUUCUUGAGUUGCUCACUGACAAAGAUGCAAGGGACUGCAUUUCAUGGGUUGGGGAUGAGGGAGAAUUCAAAUUAAACCAACCAGAACUUGUGGCUCAGAAAUGGGGGCAGCGAAAAAACAAGCCCACCAUGAACUACGAAAAGCUAAGCCGUGCCCUGCGUUACUACUAUGAUGGCGACAUGAUCUGCAAAGUUCAAGGCAAGAGAUUUGUGUACAAGUUUGUUUGUGACUUGAAGACUCUUAUUGGCUACAGUGCAGCAGAGCUCAGCCGCUUGGUGUCAGAAUGCGAACAGAAGAAGAUGGCAAAGAUGCAGAUGCAUGGUCUCGGACAGCCCGUCACGGCUGUAACGUUGGCUACUGCUUCUCUCAAGGGAGAGGACAAUUAGGCACGUGCACCACAAACUGAACGCUUCCUAUUCUUUGCAAGUCCCUCCACCAUCACGCUCGGAAAUGUUUUAUUUUCAAACUGGACUGUUCGAGGCGUGGUUUUCUACGGUGGACUUGCAGCUGCCAUCAAUAUCUGUUAAGAGACCCCCUGGGUCUGGUGUAUUUUUUUAUAUAUAUAUAUAUUUUGCGUAUGAACGUAUCAAUUAUUUCAACCCUUCAGAGAAGGAUAUACUUUAAUCUUUGUUUUCCUGUUUUGAAGAAAUUGACACCAUUUAUAAAUGAACUCAUAGUUCAGAACUUGAAAUAUAAGUUGUUUUGCAUUAUAACAAAUUGCUGAACUCAUUGCUCGGGGCAGUGCUUGCUUCAAAUUUUUUCCCCAUAACAUAUCCAUUAUAGAUUUUUUUUU